CACUCUCCCUUUCUAUCUCUCUCACUGUGAAGAAGGCGUACACAUACGCAAGGAGAAGAAAAUCUCCCUUCCAUUCUUAAUUGGGAUAAUAAUUCGCCUCCAGCUUGUAUGUGUGUAAACUUUAUGCUUUUCUUUGGAAUCAAAGUCAGUCUCGCGGCUUUUGUUUUUGCGUCCGGGGAGUUGUCGUCGCCGGUAAUCGCUUCUCAGAUCUGUCUUGGCAAAUCUAUUUUCGUAUGUUCAUGUUUGCGAUGCGAUGCUAUGAGUUUCUCUGGGUGAAGAUAUAGAGAAAAUACAACAAGUAGGUGGAGCUCAGAUGAGAAGAACUGAUGUUAUUGGCUGUAGAAGGUGGAUUUUUUUCUUCUUCAGCUUCUAAAGGCCUCAACCUUCUCCUUUUGGGGCAGAAUAACGAAGAGAAACAGAUGAGAGUGACUCCGGUGAACCAAGAGACUGUUCCUGAUCUCCAGCUGGCUUCUGGAAAGAACCGGAUUAUCCGCGGGUGCGCCUCCUUCGUCUGCUUUGGUGGAGAUGCCGCGGGGACCGAGAGCCCAUGUCCGUUAAAAGUGGGACCAGCUCAAAAGCAAGAAAUUUUGCCCGAACCUCAGGAUCUUGAUCAGUGUAAAAAUCAACCGCAUCCAGUCGGUUCUAUUAAAGAUGAUGAUGCUAGCAAGAGGAAAAGCUUUGGUCUUAAGAGUAGCUUGAAGAAAUUGGUGAAUAAUGCUCCAGUUACAGGCGAUCCUGUUAAUGGUGGUGACGAAAGCAGCAACAAACUUGAGACGUCAUGUGAGAAGGAUAGUGACGAUUCUUGUCAAAUAAAGGAAAGAAGGAAAGUGCAGUGGACAGAUAACAGCGGUGGAGAACUCUUUGAGAUCCGAGAAUUUGAGAUGAGUGAAGUUGAAUCGGAUGAUGAAUUUGAGCAUGGGAAUGGAAAAACUUGUUCGUGCGGAAUAAUGUAGGGCAAGCUCUCCAUGGAUUCCUCUUUUGGACUUCUUGUUCACAAGGCAGCGACUAAUAUGUGCUGCUUGACAUUCCAAUGGCAAAAACACCCAAGUUCUUCAUCACUUAUUCUAUUGUCGAAUGUCCGUAAAGAAAGAAUUAAGGCAAUGCGAGAUUCAACUGCUGCUUGCUAAUCUACUCUGUCAUUCCAUGCCAUCAUUCUAGCUUGAAGUCCAAUUUUGGUGCAUGGGCUAUUCUGUUUUCUACUUAAUAUUCACAUUUAAUUUUGUGUUGCUGUAGUAUGUUAUUUACUCUAGUUUGCUCUAUUUUAUGUGAAGAGGUCUCCCUCUCCCAAUUAUUGCUUCUUUGAAGAGAUUGGAUGGGAAAAAGUAUUUAUUAUUUUGUAAA